GUAACAGUCAUCUUCGUGUUUUUCAACGAACCGUAUGUGUUUUCUGCUGCUUCCAGCAGCUUUAAAAGAACUACGCAUUAGGUUUUUUGCAGCGUGCGUAAAAGAAAAUUGUGUAUUACUACAUUUGUACUAAAUAAAGGCGCAUAUUAUUAAUUAAACUAAACAGCAUUGAGCAAACGACAGCUGCUUAACUUUUGUAAAAGCACAACAAAUAAAGCCAACGAGUGCAGACGGAACAGGAACUGCAAAAAAGUAAAACGCAUAUUCUCACGCAUACACUAAACCGAAACAGACACACAUAUAGACCAAACACAAACACUGACAAACGACGGCAUAUGUGCAAUAAAAGGGCCUUUGUGGCAAAAAGUUUAGUCUAAUCUACAUAAAUUUAUUCUAUUCGUACACCGCAAUAACAACAAAACGAGUUAUCUUUAGUCGACGUGUUUAGUACAAAACAAAAAUAAGAAAGCUAUAAAAGAAUUUCGACUGCUGUACGAACGGAUCGUACCAUAUAACUAACAUAAACAACAACACUCAUACAGAAAAACAAAAUGUCUACGACACCAAAAUCGUCAGAAGAUUUGCUGGGUGAAUCUUGGAUUGAACUAAGCAAUACAGCUGCCAUGGCUGGCAUUAAGAGUCCCGACAGAAUCACUCCGUUGCCUUUCAGCAAUGGCGAGGAAUAUUUGCGACUGUUGCGCGAGGCGCAACGGGAAUCAAAUCAGUCCAGUCGCGUCGUAUCCUUGGCCAGUUCCCGACGUGACACUCCCCGAGACAGUCCUAAGAGUCCACCAAACAGUCCACAAUCGGAGCAGUGCCCGGAUGAUGAGUUGCGGAAUGUAUAUAUCAAUUAUUGGACUAAGGCGGGUGAUAAACAAAACAACGAUAAUGGCGAUUGGCUGCAAAACUGGAAUCGCGGCGUUGAAGAGCAGCCACCAAAAGAUUGGAAAUUCGAGCGUUCCACUGAUGGGGAUGAGGAUGAGAAGAAGAAGACUACGGGUUAUUCCAUACGCUUAAAGCGACUGGGCGCCAAUUCGUUGUUCUCCCGCGAAAUUUUAUACUCGCUGCUGGUUACCAAUGUUCUAUCGCUGCUCCUUGGCGCCGGAUUUGGAUUGUGGCUGAGCAAGCGCGGUAUACUCCUUACCCGCGUGGUCAUUGACUGAAAGACGCCAUAAACGAUAAACGUUUUCAAUAAACAAUAUGCACAUCAAUCCAUCAAUAAAUAAGGGGAAAUAACAGAACAUUAAACGUUCCAUAUAAAGAGGAGAAGACA